UACACCUGCAAACAGAAAAUGAGUAGUGCCGAUUCCGAGCGUUUGGACAGUUUGGAAGGCUGGGUCGCAGUCAAAACAAAUAUAUUUGAUGAGAGUGAGACAUACAAAAUAGGAUUUAUCGUAGAAUGGAAUGUUAUUGAAUCCAAAUUUGCUGUCACUUGUCAUAACAGGACACUUCAGCGACAAAGACGCAAACAAGAUCCUGCGACCAGAGAAAGCGAGACAAGCUGGGCUGGAUUAUUCUCCGUUUCUGAUUUACAAAAUGUACACCGCCAGUUUUCGGGGAUUGCGGAUGUCCUUUUGUCGUGUUUCCCUGAUUUGUCCGACUUUGACGAGGGGAAUAUAUGGGACUUGAUAUUUUUUAGCCGUUCAGGCAGUCAGAGCCAAGAGGAGGAGAAGGAUCUAGAGUCACCUUGUCGCCAGCUUGAAAAGUAUUUCAGUGCAGCUAUUGACGUCUGUGGCCGUAAGAUUGUACUGGAUACUUUAUUCAGUCAGGACGAACAGGACGUGGAGGAGUACUUCGAGAAUCUUCAGGAGUUUAAGAGGAAAUCAAUGGAAGACGAAGUUAUCCGAGCCAAGGAGAGAGUUCGCUCGAUUUUACGUAGUCAUCGCACUGCUGGCGGACUUAUGCAACUGUUAAAGAUCUAUGAAGAAGAGGAUGAGGUUUACAAAGAUUUAGUUGCUGUGGCAACGCAGUACUACCAGUACCUGCUUCAGCCCUUUAGGGAUAUGAGAGAACUUGCCAUGCUCUACAAGAUGGAGAUCCAGAAGUCCCUGCAGUUUGAGGAGCUUGGUCCUAAGCGUGUGGCUGCUCUGGAGAGGGAAGUGGAGGAGUGGUGUAGGCGAGGCCAGGAAGCUGUGUGUUCCAUUCAGGACAUCACUGUCUGCUAUUUUACUGACACAGCUACAUCCCUUGCAGUUAUGCUGAAACAGAUGGAGGAGGAUCGGAAGAGGUUUGGUGCAGCAUCCUGGGCAGUAGCCAUGCCCAGGCUUGAGAAACUGAAAUUUAUGCUGGCUAAAGAGACACUUCAGCACAUGAGAGCCAAGGAGAUGUGCCUGAACCGCAAGAAGGAAGGAAUUAGAGAAAAGAUGUGUGAUGAGAGUCGGGGUGUGUUUGAGGUGGAUUCAUUAGAGCUACAGUUUUACGAGGCUCAGCUGGAGUUGUACGACUGUAAGUUGGAGAUCCUGAAAAAUGAGGAGCUACUUCUGAUGGCACAAAUCCACACAGUCCAGAGGCAGAUUAAAGAGCUGAAGGAGGAGGUAGUGUAUUAUGACACCUGUGAGGAUCCUGCAGAGCUUCAGGGUGUCCAGGCUGACAGUAGCCCCGCCCAUUCUCGCCUGAGGCACCGCCUACUGCUACUGGAGAGCAAGAGAGCAGCAUCUUCUUCCAACAGAGCUACACUCCGGAACAAGAGGGAGAAAUGUGUGGAGGCAUGGGAGCUCCAGCAGAGGGUAUCACAGGAGAGAGCCGCCCAGCACGUACAACAUCACGCUGUACACCUGAAACGGGAAAAAAGGAAAGAGGAGGAGGAGAAGAGGAAGGAGUGGGUGGAGUUAGAGAGGCAGAAGACUCUGAGUAGACUGCGCUCCUUUAGAGAGAAAAAGAGUGGUCAGUAUUUGUUGAAGAGGCCUUGCUCCAAGCCAACAGCUUAUGGUUCUUGUCAAAAUGACUCCUCUCAGCCAAUGUCAAUCAUCAUGCUGGCGCCUCCCAUGGAUGGAGUCUCUCAGAGUUCUGCCCUUAAUACCAAAGAAAGAGGGAAGGUCCUGAUGCCAAGAGAUGUCCCUGUAAUGUUACCCCUAGGGGCAGGAGCAAUGUCAGAUCACACAUUUACCCCAGUGCCUUCAGCCCCUCCUCCUCCUCCUCCUCUUCCCCCUCCCCCUUGUGAAGCACCACCUUUGCCCCUCAGUGAAAGUGAACCUGCUACAUUUCCUGCCAAAAAUACCCUGAAGCAGUGUGCAGGCUCCAUGGAUGAGGUCCUAGCCUCACUGCAAAGAGGGCAAGUUCGCCUGCGCAAGGUUACCCCUAAUGCCCCAGGCAUUUCCACCCAGACGUCCAGCAUCAGAGACAACCUGCUGUCAGCCAUCCGUCAAGGCGUGACCUUAAAGAAAGUCCCACCCCCACCAGGCCCCUCCCCCUGCUGUGAAACUGAUCUGCAGCAGAGUAUCAAAGCUGCCAUGCUGAGGAUGAAGAGGGUUUCCAACGAGUCUGAUGAUGAAGAACAUUCAGACAUUCAAUCAGGAGACUGGGACAGCUAAAACUGUGUACUCUCACUCUCUCUCGCGCGCGCUCUCUCUCACAAACACACACACACACACACACACAUACACAU